AGCCAGAGAGGAGAACUGCGGCGGCACGAUGGGGAUAUUCUGCCUGCGUGGGCUCUGUCGCUGAGGCGUCCGGAGUUCAGCCACUGUGUGCGCGUGUGUGUGUGUGUGUGUGGCUGUGUGAGUGUGUGUGUAUGCGUGUGUGAGUGAGUGUGAGCCCCUGCCGACGCCGUGCGGAGAAAGGAGAAGGGGAACAGAGGAGAGCUGGUGGAGAGGAGGAAAAAGAGAGGGGGAGUGUUGACUCUCACUGGGGCUUAGAGGAACCUCACGCCACUGGAUCAGAGGACGCCGAUGUGCAACAACUACUCCAACUACUGCCGCUGCUGCUCUGCCUGCGUGCCGCUGCCUGCCUGUCCUCUCAACUUCUGCCAUGGCAUAGCCACCUCUUCCAGCUCGCCUCUAAUCCACUAAGGAAACGGGCAUGCACGGGCACAACCAGGGAUCUAGGCUAACGCAUCCUUUACGUCAGUAAUUCACAGUCUGAGGAAACAUGGUGAGCAAGGAGGGUGGCAAAUGCAUGCUCACCAACUCAGAGUCUGACUCGGAGGCAGCGCCCUUGCCCUCCACCUCGCUGGCGCUGGAGGUGAAGUAUUCCCUGGAAGCCAGUCGACAGGUGAGGAAGAGAAACAAGGCCCUGCAAGUGCGUUUCAAGGAUAUCUGCGAGGCACAGAACGAGCAGAGGGAGGCGGAGUUGCAGGCAGCGGGGAAAGGCGGCAAGCCGAAUUCAUACAAAGUGGCGUACCGCAAGUACAUGACUGUCCCUGCCCGCAGAUCCAUCCCAAACGUCACAAGGAGCACAGGCGUGCAGACGUCCCCUGACCUGAAGAAACGCUAUCAGACCUUUCCCUUUGAGCGCAAGAAAGGUCACACCUUUAAACACGUGGCGGCCGUGGAAACUUAUAAAGGUCAGAAUAACGGUUUUGUCAUGGAGGUGAAGCAGUCCAAGGCUGCUGAGCAGGGUUUAGAUGAGGAGGAGGAGGAGGGAGCCUGUGGGGGGAGUGGAGUCCGGAGGACCAGGGCUCUGCUCCAUACUAAUGAGUGCAUUGCCACAGUGGAGCAGCACACUGCACCUGAUGGCCUGUGCUCUGACGCUCUGCUGCUCAGUUGCUCUGCAGACACAGACUGCCUUGCAGACACACAGAGAGGAAGCGGAGCCGGAGCACAGGCAGAGUACCAGCUCUGCAGUGUCCCAUCCAAAGCCAGGACAGGAUUACAACACAGGGAGGCCGAUACAGACCACUCGGCCAAGAGGCAGCUGCUCAAUCUGGAGGAGGGCUCGUCCCGAACCCUGCCGGACAGGGCCUCCAAGGUUACGGGCCCCAUCGCCUGGAACUCCCUUACACAGGUGGAGUGCCUGGACAGUCCGUCUGUGCGGAGCAAGCGGAAGAAAGCCCUGCAGCUCAACGGGCUGCAGAGUGAGACGCUACCACGUUCCAGCGGAGGCUGUACAACACAGGCACAGUGCCACACGGGACAGUUGUCUGCCCGGCCUCUACGGGGCAUGGAGGAGCCUCUGACACCCUGCAGAGGUGGCGAGGCUGGUGGGGCACCGCCCGACCAAACACAGGAGGCCUGCAAGCAAAUAGUGCCUAUGAAUCAGGACGGGGAUGUUAAAGCACAGCUCCAGGCCAUGGAAAAUCUCAUCAGCUCCAGCCAAGAGACCAUCAAGGUGCUGCUGGGGGUCAUCCAGGAACUGGAGAAGGGGGAGGCCCACAGAGAAGGACUCUCCUAUCGAACCGGACAGGACACGGCCAACUGCGACACAUGCCGGAACAGCGCAUGCAUUAUUUACAGUGUGGAGCUGGACUUCAAGCAGCAGGAGGACAAGCUGCAGCCGCUGAUGAAGAGGCUUUGCCCUACGGAGGAAGGCCACUUCCCCUCCCUGCCUUACCCCCAGGAGGCCUUCACCUCCACCCCUAAACGCAAGUCCAAAGCUGACUCCAAGAAGCACGCUCGCUGGAAACUUUGGUUCCUCUGAAACACACAAGACUGUCUCCUCACCCGCACUACGGAUGCACAGGAUUUAUGCGUCCGUCUGGUCGUCCAUAUUUGUUUGGGUUAUCCAUCGUCUUCAGUUUUAUCACAUCUCCCUUGGCUUUUUGUAGACCUGGUGACCAGUACUGAUGGAGAGCUCCACCACUGGAUACUGAGCCUUUCUCAGAGAUGACAGGAUGUGUAACGGGACACAAGUGUGGAUUCCACGGAAAAUUCUGUAAUGUCAUGCUUACCAAAAAUGGAUUCAGAGUUAUUUUGAACUAAUUUCUUCAAACAGGGUGUGAAAUUACACCAGGGCGACAUAUUUGGAGAUCAGCAAGGUGAGAAGACGAAAUUUGAUUUCCCUCUGUCUAUUUGCAUAUAUUUUUCUAGCUGACGUCUACGGGGUCCUGUUCUGUGAUAAUGGUUCAGUGAUAGUCGCAUUUCUAUUCACCAGUUGGGACUUUUCUUCCCAGCCUCCAGGAGAGGUUGGCAACUCAACCAUGAUGCGCUGAGGUCUACAUCAACAGCAUAUCACCGUACUGCAAAGCACAAUUAACACUGUUCAGGAUACAUUUUUCUCCAGAGUAAUUAAAAAGAACUAUUUUGAGUAUUAACUCACACAUGUAGAUCACCUACUAACCAUGACAGAUUGAAGACUUUCAUAAUAUCUAAAGAAGAGACCUACAGGACAAAGAAGUCAGAGAUGUUUAAUGGAGUUAUAUGAUCAACUUUCUAUCCAUCUCUAAAAUGUCUCCUUGAAUCAACUGACUUUGAAGUAAAGAAUGAAUAAAUAACACUUAUUUUCUUAAUAACAUUUGCAAAGUUAGACAUCAAUGUACUUUUUUCUAUAUAAAUAUAUAUAUAUCUAUAUACAUUCACUUUAAGGUUUAGUGGGAUAUAGUUAUUUGAGCUGCAGUGAAGGGGGGCUGUGCAUUUCAAAAACUACAAUGCAAAGGAGGGGCAAUCAAUGAUUCUUAAUUCCUUUUCAUACAUCAAACUUAGUUCUGACUAACCUCACAGUGAAAAUGGUGAUCGAAACCCAAUACCCCAAAAUAAGUCCAUACUAAAAAACUUCAUCAGUGUCAAACUAGAGAGAGUUGUGGAUCAACACAUAGAAAAUUAAGUGUAAAGGAAUACUUAACCACCAACAUGAUCAUUCGUGUAUCAAUUAUUCACCCCAUGUUACGUUGAAUUCAGGAAAGAAAAUUUUGCUUUUCUUUCAUUCCUCCUCAAUGAAUGAAGAAUCCAAAACCAGAGAAAAUUCUUGAUGAAAAGAAAUAACGGGGUCUCUUUUAACAAUAGCAAAACUAUAUAAAAACAUCUAUUUACAAACUCUCACAUUAGUCAUUGCA